GUUUAUCUAUAGUCUCCGAUGACUGCGACCGUGUUUGUCGCAGACGGAGAAAAUGUCAUUUUUCGGAGAAAAUGACUGAUUCCAUGGCAUGGUUUAAAACGCAGAUCUAGACAUUCUCAGAUCUUGGUGAUGACACACGUGAGCAAGUUAUCGAGGUCGGUCUUAAUCUGAACUACGAAGACGAGUGACUUCUUCUCGACCAGCUUGUGCAAGUGCAACGAGCAGAUUCAAGGCCUCUGCGAGUUCUACAAUUGAGUAGAGCCGAGGUGGUAAUCUAGUCCAUGGCUUCCAUUGCAAGCACAACGUUCAGAUGUCUUGGUAACACGCCUGGAACUUCACAAUGUGGGUAUCACCAUGCCGUGACCUUUGCAGCUGUCGUUCCGCAACCACCAGAACGUCGUAUAAUCCAUCAGAAAUCGAAAUCAUCCAAGAAGCAAGUUCAGAAGAUACAGCCACAGAGCACGCCUCAUUCCUCAGAAAUAUCUUCGUUUGACCCCGAACAGUGGGAACUCAAUGCUGUCACAAAUUCUGAUGGAAGACGUAACUUCCCUGGGAUCCACUCUUCGGAGUAUCCCACUGGACUGGACCGAGUCUCAGAGCGCGUCUCAGAACAGAUGAAGAGGUGGUUCCUAGAACAAAGACAAAUCGGACAGAUGGUGGGGAAGCGAAUGCUAAGUGCUUAUCAAGUAGCCAUGACUAGUGUUGUAGACCAGCUGUUCAUACCAUCAGACAAGCCAGUCCCUUUCAUAAAGGGAAAUUUCGCACCAGUGGAUGAGGUCGUUGAAAAGGUCAGAUGUGAGGUGGUAGACGGACACGUUCCACAGGACUUUCCUCCCGGUUGCUACAUUCGAAAUGGACCCAAUGCAAAAUUCGGUGCUUCUCAGAACUUAGAUUCGCCACUUCUCGGUGGAACAACAUACUACAGUUGGUUUGAGGGAGAAGGAAUGCUUCACGGGACUUACAUCGAGAAAGACGGAAGCAUUUGGUAUAUGAACAGGUACGUGGAAACAGACAGCUUCAAGAUGGAGAAAGAACUGGGAAGAAAAGUGUACCUCCCCACAAUGGACGAGAAGUCUACGCCAGGCCUAAGAUUUAAUCGAAUGAUUAAUUUGGUAAGGUAUGGAGCGCCCCAAAGCAAUCCCGGGAACACUUCAGUAUUUCAGCACGCAGGGCAUGUGGUGGCAGCUGCAGAAGGUGCCAAGGCUUAUGAAAUCAAUAUUUCGGACUUGAGUACGAAGGGUGAAUACAACUGUAAUGGGCAGUGGAAUCGCAGAUUCUUCGGUCCUCAUCCUAAAGUACAUCCCGAUACAGGGGAAUUGGUGGUGUUCGGCUUCGAUAUUUUUCCACCGUAUUACGUCUUGGGUGUUCUGUCAGGUGAUGGCAAAAAGUUUACGAAUAAAGUAGAUCUGGGGAUGGACAGGCUUGUUCUCAUGCAUGACAUCGGAAUCACAGAUCGGCACGCUAUAUUGUACGAUUUUCCGGUUAUGAUGGAUCUUGCCAACAUGCUUGUGAACGGAGGAUCAAUUGUAUCAUUCGAUCCUACCAAACACUCGAGAUUAGGAGUGCUGCCUCUAACAGGAAGUUCAAAAUCAAUUAAGUGGUUUGAUGUAGAAACAGCCUGCAUCUCCCAUCACUGUAAUAGUUACCAAGAUGGAGAUGAGAUUGUGGUUCAUGGAUUGUGUACACAACUCAUUCAACUGGUAGCCGUUCCCGCCAGAUUCGAUAAGAUCGAAUGGUAUUCAAGGGGAAUGACUCUUAAUGCUGACAAUAAUUUUGCAACCAAAGAUCCGUCUAUAGAUGGACUGUUAUAUGAGCACUUGCAUGAGUGGAGGCUUAACCUCAAAACAGGAGCCGUGGUUGAAAGAAACAUGACUCAAAAUAAAUUCCCAUUAGAACUUCCAAGAAUAAACGAUCGAGUAAACGGCAAAAAAUAUAACUACUUCUAUGCUUGCUCUGAAGAUCUUGAGGCCAGCAAGGCUGUAGGCUUCCCUAUGUUCAGAUACUUGGUCAAAGUGGACGUAUCUCCCGCAGGAAACUCUCUCGCUCAAUUUCAUGAUGUGGGAGAAAACACUUUUUGUUCAGAACCUGUUUUCGUGGCAAGACCCGGUUCUCUUCAAGAAGAUGACGGGUGGAUCGUGACAUAUGUACAUAAUGAGUCAACUAAUUUGUCUGAUAUGAUUAUCGUAGAUGCGCAACGCUUCGAGGAGAAACCAGUAGCAAGAAUACGAUUGCCACAUAGAGUACCCUACGGCUUCCAUGGAGCGUAUAUAUCAUAUUGACCGCCAUCAAAUUUCGAAUAUGAAAUUGCUUCUGGAUGAACUGUGCUAUAAAUUGUUUAUAAAUUUUGAGUUCAAGCAAGAACAAGUUCCAGUCCAGAUCUGCCAUAGUCUACUACAGAAAUGCAUGAAAGCACAGAAUACAAAACUUUUUUGUGCAGCUCAUCGGUGCACACAAGUUUCUCUGUAGGAUACACGUAAAUUAAACAAUGUAAUAGAUUCUACACUGAUUCUAGAUGUUACAAAGGAUCGUAAACCCCAAAAAUAUUGCCGAUAUUUCAAGGCGACUUAGUAAUUAGGAAAGCUACUAUGAAACCACUUUUAAAAAUGGAUCAACGAUAAACAGUAGUUGUAACAUAUAAUUCAACAUGUUGUACAACUUCACACACU